AUGCAGUUGCCAAAGAUCGUCAAACGCCGAAGCCUACAACCGAUCCACUUAGGACGACAGUUGAUGGAGCACUGGGGCGCCUUCUACAACGCCUGGAGCGCCUUUAUCGCUGCCGCGCGCUUCGCUGCCGCGGCCUCCAAGGCGGCCUCGACGUCGACGUCGGUGGUGGAGGGCCUCUACAAAGAUGCCAUGGCGCAGGUGUCGGACUACCCGGACCAGGUGCGUAGCGACUUCCUUCAGUUCCAACGGGAAAGUGGCACCCUGCAGGGCUGGCUGCGUGCCAAGGCGCAGCUGGCCGUGGACCCCGUGGCUUCCGCGGAAGCCGCUUCCGCCACGGCUUCCGCCUCGAUGGCAGAGGCGCCAGCGGAGGCGAGUCCAAAGCCGAAGCCAAAGCCAAAGCCCAAAGCGAAGGUGAAGGUGCUGCCCAAGCGCCAAGCCUUUCGCUCGCAGGCGCAGGAGAAGAGACCGAAGGUUGAGACCAUGGAGGUGGACGACCGUGAGGUGAAGGCACUGAAGACAGCGCCAAGUGAGGAGGCCCAUGUUGUGCAGAGUAUGCUUCCAGAACCGAAGGUCGAAGAAUCAAAGGAGCCGAAGGCUGAAGCCAAAGUUGAAACCAAAAUUGAACAGAAGGAUCCGGAAGGUAAGGAAGAAGCAAAAGAAGCAACUGAAGAGCCAAAGGUUGAGCCCAAAGUGGACCAACCGCCGAAGGUCAAGGACUUGAAGGAAAGUGAGCCAGAGCCGUCGCAGCCGUCGCAGCCGUCGCAGCCGUCGCAGCCGUCGCAGCCGUCGCAGCCGUCGCAGCCGUCGCAGCCGUCGCAGCCGUCGCAGCCGCACAAGGGUUCCCACUACCAUCAACGACGCCUGGCAGAGAAAGCCGCCGACUUGAAGUUGGAAGACGAAGGUGAACAUACUGUCUUUGUGGCGAAUCUGGACUGGUCCGUGGAUGAAGCCCAGCUCUAUCGGGUCUUUCAAGAGGUGGAAGGAUUAAAGGAGGUGCGCCUGGUGCGAGACUUCUUGAAGAGGUCCAAGGGUUACGCCUAUGUGGACUUCGAUUCCCCUGAACACGUCAUGGAGGCGGUCGAGAAAUUCUCGGGCCAUUUGAUCAACAAUCGCGCGAUGAAGGUGGCAAAGUCGCUCCCCACCAAGCAGCUCUACCAGGAAAAGGUCCUCUUCGUGCGGAACAUUGGUGACACCGCGGUGGAGGAGGACGUCAGAGAAGCCUUCAAGGGGCACCAGGUGGUGAGUGUGCGCAUGCCUCGACAAGAUGAUCACCACAAAGGAUACGCUUAUGUGGAGUUCACGUCUGACGAUGCCGUGAAGGCCUGCUUGAGCCUCGACGCGCCCAAGAUCGGUGGACAGCAAGUGAGCCUUUCAAGGUCCAUUCCCAUGAAAGAUCAUCGCCACACCACAGCGGCAACGCGCAAAGAUUUGCCUCAACGAGUGAACCAGCGCGUGAUCGUGGAAGGGAAACUGGAUCGCGAAGACCCAGUGAGACAAUCAGCCAAGUGCCCCACGACGGUCUACGUUAAGAAUUUGGCCUUCAAUGUGGAUGACGAAUCGCUGACCAAACAUUUCGAGUCGUGCGGGGAAGUUGCGCAGGUGUUGAUCGUGAAAACGGCAGAUGGUCGCUCUCGGGGCUUCGGCUUCGUAGAGUUCAAAGAUUUCGAAGGUGCGCAAAGUGCCAUGAUCUUGUCCGAUAGCGUCCUGUGCGGCCGUGAGAUCGUGGUCUCCAAAAGCUCCAGGCCCAUCACCCAGAAGAAGAGCAAGGAUGAAGAUGAAGAAGGCAAGGGAAGCAAGUUUAAGGGCAAAGGAGAGAAAGGAGAGAAAGGAGAGAAAGGCAAAGGAAAAGGCAAGGAGGGGAAGGACAAAGGCAAAGGCAAAGACAAAGACAAAGGAAAGGAGAAAGGAGCCCGGCGUCGCUUGGAGGACGAACCAGAAGCGAAGAAGCCAAGGCUGCAAGAGCCUGAGGAGGCUGCAACGGCCGCUGCUCCGGCGGCCGAAGCAGAGAAGGCGGACGGCCCCAUGUCCAACGCCGACUUCCGGAAGUUUCUGCGGCCGUGA